AUGCCCACCAUGAUGGCUGCUGCGCCUUACGAGAUCCGGACCGGCGGCGACGGCAAGUCCAAGAAGCAGAGCAUGGCUGAGCUGAAGCUGCGACGCCUGACAGAGCUCAACCAGCGCCUGCGCGAGGAUCUUGAGCGUCGCCGGAUACCCGUGUCCGAGGCUGCCCUAGAUCUCAUUGCAUUCACCGACAAGGAGCCCAAAGACUGGAUGGUGCCUUCACGAUGGGGAACAAUCGACAAGCGCGAGGACCCUUACGCCCCCCAGCAAAGUAAUGGCUGCUGCAUCGUAAUGUGA